AUGGCAGACGCAGGAAUAUCUGAAGUUGUCUCGCAAGACAGCAACCCAAAACAGCAACCACCCCACACAUCGACUGAGGUUAGCUCAGAGACGGGAAGCGCAGUUGACACCAGAACUGCUCGACAGAAAUCCAGCGACAUCUUUACCAUCUUCGCAAGCGGUGCCGCUCUGAUCAGCGAUGGAUACCAGAACAACCUCAUGACAAUGACCAAUGUCGCGCUGCGAAAGGAAUAUCCAAAGCAAUACACGUCGUACUACAGCACUGCCGUCUCAAAUGCCCUGCUGGUUGGUGAAGUUAUUGGUCAAGUCGUGGUUGGACUUACCUGCGAUUACCUCGGUCGCAAGUUUGCGAUUAUUGUCACCACGCUGAUGAUCGUAGUUGGAGGAAUCCUCGCGACAGCUGCUUCGGGGACGACCAUCCAUGGGAUGUUUUGGAUGCUGAUUGUGGCCCGCGGUAUCGUCGGUUUUGGAACCGGAGGAGAGUAUCCUGCAAGUUCGACAUCUGCCAGCGAAGCCGCAAACGAACAAAACCUCAAGCAGCGAGGUCCAUUAUUCAUCCUCGUCACCAACUUACCUCUGUCAUUUGGUGGUCCUCUGGCUGUGUCAAUAUUCCUCAUCGUCUUGUCUGCGGCUGGCCAAAACCAUCUGGGAACUGUCUGGCGCGUGUGUAUGGGUAUUGGCUGCCUCUUCCCCUUGUCCGUUUUCUACUUCCGGAUGAAAAUGCUCAACUCGAAACUCUUUCGUCGCGGUGCAAUCAAGAAGCGUGUGCCAUACACCCUGGUACUGCGUUAUUAUUGGAAGCGACUUCUCGGCACUUGUGGCGCAUGGUUCCUGUACGACUUCAUCACAUUUCCCAACGGAGUCUUCUCGGCGACGAUUCUGAGCGGUGUUGUCAAGAAAGGUCCUAACAAUGUUCGAUCGACCGCGGAGUGGCAGUUGUUGCUUGGUGCAAUUGCGUUGCCCGGUGUAGCGGUCGGCGCGUAUCUCUGCAACCGCCUUGGACGCAAGAACACAAUGAUGCUCGGGUUCGGUGGUUACCUCGUCUUUGGAUUGAUCAUCGGUUGUGCUUACGAGAAGAUCACCAAGAUCCUGCCUCUGUUUGUCAUCUUUUACGGUUUGAUGCAGAGUUUGGGAAAUAUGGGACCCGGCGACAUGCUUGGCUUGCUAUCUAGCGAGAGUUACGCUACCGCAGUACGUGGCACCUGUUACGGCAUUUCAGCUGCCCUUGGCAAGACUGGUGCAGCAAUCGGUACUCAAGCCUUUACUCCCAUUCAAACUCAUCUUGGAAAGAAGUGGACAUUCAUCAUCGCUGCCAUCUGCGGAGUUGCCGGUAUUUUGGUGACGUACUAUUUCGUGCCAGACCUCAAGGGAGAUGAUCUUGCGCAGGAGGACGAGAAGUUCCGAGCCUAUCUUGUGUCAAAGGGAUGGCAGGGAGAGAUGGGUGAGGAUGAUCUGAAGGCUCUUGCAGACGAAGGGGUACCACAAGCCAUGGUCGAGGACGUCAAGAGAGCCUGA